GUGUCUGGAUUUGUUUUAACUUAUUUCCCACUGAAAGGAAGAGGGGAACCCAUUCGUCUGAUCUUGGCUGAUAAUGGAGCUAAGUGGACUGAGGACGUGAUUCAGUUUCCCGAUUGGUUUGGUGGAAAAUGUCCCGUGAAGAAAGAAUCAGUGUUUGGUCAGUUGCCUCAGUUCAGUGAUGGAGACUUUGUUCUGUAUCAAAGCAACGCCAUCCUUAGAUACCUAGGACGCAAAUUUGGUGUCGCCGGAAGCAAUGAACAGGAGGUUGCUAUCAUUGACAUGAUGAAUGAUGGGGUGGAAGACCUAAGACUGAAGUUUAUCCGCCUCAUGUUCUUUGAAUUUGAAACUGGGAAGGAGAAGUAUGAAAAAGAUCUACCAAAUCUGCUAUCUGCAUUUGAAAAGGUCCUUUCUAAAAAUUCUAAUGGAACCAAGUUUCUGGUGGGAGACAAGAUUUCCUAUGCAGACUACAACCUACUGGAUGUCCUUCAUUGUCAGCUCAAUAUCUUCCCUGACUGCCUGUCGUCAUUCCCCCUCCUCACUGCAUACAAAGAUCGCAUUGCAUCACGAAGCAAACUCAGUGAAUAUCUGAAUUCUGAGGAAUGUAAAAGCAGACCAUUUGUUCCAAAACGAGGCUAA